AACCUUCCCGCGAUCCCACUCAUCGUCCAGCAGGCCCUCGCGACCGCCUCAAUUGGCCCACAUCUCCGCUCUCCCGACCGACUCAAACGGCAUCGUUUAAUUUUUUUGUCUUCAAUUUUUUUCUUCUCCUUCAAGACGUAAAUCACAAUGAUGCGCACACCCACAACCUCCCUCCUGCGCGGCGCCCUCCGGGCCAGCAGAACGACGACUAUGGUCCCCCGCGCUGCCGCCUCCACGCACGCCAUCUCGAACCCGACUCUAGCCAACAUCGAGAAGCGAUGGGAAGGUUUGCCUCAGACUGAGCAAGCCGAGCUGUGGAUGGCCCUGCGAGACCGCAUGAAGGAGAACUGGGCAGACCUCACCAUUCAAGAGAAGAAGGCUGCCUACUGGAUCGCCUUCGGUGCCCACGGUCCUCGCGCUGCACCCCCCGCCGAUGAGGGACGCAAGGUCGCUCUAUACACCGCACUCGGCCUGUUCGCUAGCUUCGUUAUUUUCGCCACAAUACGCGCCUUCGGCGGUGAAGCUCCUAGCACCAUGACCAAGGAAUGGCAGGAGGCUUCCAACGAGUACCUCAAGAAACAACGUGCCGAGCCUCUUACCGGUAUCUCGUCCGAAGGCUACAGCGGCCCAGGCAUGGUUCAGUCGCCGCCAACCACUACCCGUGAUUAGACCUAGCCUACCUAUUUAAUACCUACCAAACCUACCUACUCUGGUCUCCAAAAAUCUUUCCGUUUGUCCGUAUAGAACCGCGGUGCAAGGCAUUAACUUCCAUAUACAAAAUUACAAGUAACUAGAGUGGGACGGAGUAGUAGGCGGCGGG